AGAACAUCAUGUAAUAGUCAACUGUCUUAUUGGGAUUACUUUGUUUCUAAAGGGUAAAGCAUAAAACAGAAUGGCAAAGUUAGAAGGAGUCAAUCUUGGGUAUGCCUACCACCUGCCAUCAGGGGGAUGUUUGUUACGACUGCGCAACGCAUUGUCACAGUUCAGUGACCUCUUCAGUGAGUUUAACAAGUACAUAGCGCCUGCCUAUCACCACGAUAGAUGUGAGAGGUCUGUGCAAAUGAGGCUCUACUCAAUGCAGAAGGGGGAGUUUGUGAUGGUCUUCUUAGCUUUCUUCUGUUGUCUGGGACUCAGUGUCUUCAUCGGACUAGCAGGACCUCCAAUAACCAAGACGACACAUGUGAAAGGCAGUUCAGCUCUGGAGGCCCACAACAUUAGUUAUGAGCUAAUGGACCAAGGACCAUUCCCCAUCCAGAGUCCAUUACUGUCAGUUUACAGACAACAGUUAUGGGUCAUCACUGUUGUACAGACCAGCAACAAUGAUGAUGAAGUAUAUGAAAAACCAUUCCAAGUAUCUAUCACAAUUGAAGGUAUUUCUUCUGAGAAGAGGAUUGCUGUUCUUAGGGCUGACAGGAUCCAUAACAGAACUCGCCACCUACACUGUGCAAAGCGCAGCUGUGAGCCCGUCACGGUUGCACACCUUGGUUACCUCUAUUUCUCACGUUACUUGAUCACCGUCCGCUUUUAUGGUCUCCAGAGCUUCCAUAAACUCUAUCACAUUAGAGAGAUCAACUUCUUUUUCAAGAGUUACAAUCCUGGGUUUACUCAGAUCGAGAUGUGGUUUCGCCUUAUUUUCCUCAUGGCCACAUUUGGAGUUACGUGCUGGUUCUCAAUUACGCUGAGGACGUUUUCAGUCCACGAUUGGUCCAUUGAGCAGAAGUGGAUGUCAGUUCUUCUACCCCUCCUUAUGCUGUAUAACAACCCCAUAUUUGCAUUGACGUUCCUGAUGGAUUCUUGGAUCCCUGGCAUGUUGGACGCUUUGUUCCAGGCUUCGUUCCUUUGUUCCUUGUUGUUGUUUUGGUUGUGUAUCUACCACGGGCUGAGACAGAAUGAGAGGCGGUUACUGACGUUCUAUCUGCCCAAGCUACUGAUUGUGGGUCCCGUGUGGUUGUGUGCUGUCAUAAUGGCUACAUGGCAGAAGUAUAAUGAACAUCUCGACCCGACCUACAGCUACCAGUUGGACACAUCUUAUUUCUACAAUUUCAAGAUGACCUUCUUUUUGUUCUUGGGCCUCUACAUUACAUACUUGUUGUGCCUUAUCUUGAGAGCCUACAGCGAACUGCGCUCGAUGCCAUUCUUUGACAUGCGACUGAAGUUUGUGACGCUUCUGAUGCUGAUCGUGCUGUCUAUCAGCAUGUCCAUCACCGUGUCAAGGUUUGGUCUAGGAGUGUUGGAAGACAACUUUGUCGCUGACCUGUCCACUAACUACGCCAGCUCUGCUCAGUUCAUGGCUUGCUACGGUCUACUCAACUUCUACCUUUAUACAAUGACCUAUGUCUACUCCCCUAGCAAGAAGACUAUCUUCGAAACAGGUAUCACGAAGGACAACCCCGCCUUUUCCAUGAUCAAUGAUUCUGACGAAGAUGUGAUCUACGGGUCAGAUGAGGAGAGUCGUCAGCCGCUCAACAGAAGUCGUAAUGAAGAUGACAGCGAUUGAUGAGCCUCAGUCCAAUCCUGGUGUUACCUAAAUACUUAUGAUCCGUCUCUUGAGAAAGGGUUCCUAGCUGGUAACCAGUAUAUGGUUGUCAUAAGGAUACAAAAGGCUGCGUGUUAUGGUUUCAUCUGGCCUAGCCUUUUGUAACAAAUAUCUAUUUGUGAGAUUCAUUGUGAGUGUACCGGUACUUGUAUUAAAAUAUGACUACUUACACUGUUAUCUCGUUAUCUGUUUGUUGAAAAACGGUUUAGGAAAAAAAGAUUUUCUCAGAAGAUUGCUGUAAGUCAUUGAUGCAGACAAUUUAUAUCAGAAAAUAUAAUAUGGGAAUAAAGUCAAUAUUGUUCGGCAAACAAAUAUCACAAAUUUUUUCAGUUUACUAAUUGAAACCGUAAAUGGCCAUCUUACAUUAGGUUGAUGCGUAAAAAUCUGUGAAAUUUAAGUUGCUAUAGUGCGGGAAAGUUUUUAUUGGUACAUACAAGAACAACAAAAAAAAUUAGAAAUUGGAGUUCACCUCCUGAUUGCUAAUUCGGUAAAAGUUUCUAAAUUUAGUAACAAUCCACAUUUUUUAAGAAUAACAUUAUUUUUGUUUUGGAAUUUUUACAAUUAUUAUGGAAGUGUUAUUUUUUAAGCUUUGAAAAACAUUUUGUAUACAAAUUAUUUCUCCUCUAAGAGUAUUUUUUUCACAAUUCCAUGAAAGUUGAGAAAUCAUCACCACUUUUUUCACGUUUUAUGUGUUUGGAAAAGAAUCAUGAAAGGCAUACAAUUUGUUAAUUUUGAGCUGUGUGCCAAUUGUGCAGCUCUAUGCUUUUUGUUCUAUAAAUUAGUUUGUUAAAACUAAAGCUGCAUAUAUAAGACAAAAAAAUAUAGUUCACGGGCAAAAGUGUCUUUUCUACUAUUUUAUUAACAAUUCCAGCAGUAUUGAGUAUGCCUUUUCCAGGUUAACUUUGUCCCUGUAAAUGAAGGAAGAGUCAUAGAAUCAAAAUCAAGCAAAAAUGUAAAAUGAUUCAUGCAUUACUUAAUAACGUUUAUAAUUAUAUUAGAUCUCACUAAUAAAAUUUCAUGUUACAUUACACCAGUUUUACAUAUUACAUUUCAAACCCCCUUAUAAAACAUGUAUUAAUU